CAUAAGUUGUCGUUGAAAAACACAGCAUAGGGGAAGAAAUUAAGCAGUAAGAAAGAAAUUAAUUCCACUACUGACAUUGACAAGAGGAUUUGAAGUUUCUGUGGAGUGAUCUUGGAAGCUGGAAGCGAAACAUUUUAUGUUUUCAUCUUGAUAAUCCUCUUGUAUGAUCAUGGAUUCUUUGAGUAUUUCUUCGGUUACUGAACAAGCCAGAGAGAACAGUGUAAGCAAGAACUUCUUGCUUCCAAGAAAACCUGCAAGACAACCAAAUCCAAUCAUAUACAGGAAAUUGCGUCGAGGGUCUGCUGGGAGAAUUCCAGAGAAACAAAUUGAGUACCCGACAAACAAGGAAUUACUGAGAACAAUAGCGUACUUGAGAACUGCUAUAUACUAUGAGGAUGAUAAAAUAUUGCCUAACAAUAAAGCCUGUAUUACUGAGGAGGAAGAUGAAGAAGAAUGGAGCACACAAAGCGACCAGGAAAAAGGCCAAAAGCAGCUUGAAAAGUCAAUUCAAAAGCCUAACAACAACGACUCUACGUACACACUCACCAAAAACCAGAGAAAGAAACGCAGCUACAUUGACAAUACAAACAAGAAAUGUGCUUUAUCUUCUUCCUCUUCCCAUGUGAUAAACAUAAAAAACAUAUGCAAAACUUCACAGCGUGGAGGCUUAGGAUUGACAAAAAAUGAUUCUCACACAAGUGCUUCCAUGUGCAAGGCAUUCAUACAGUUCUGCUCAACAGAGAUAAUUUGUCCACAAGAACAUCGUGCUGCACUAGCAGUGAAGUUGUAUGGAGUUCAAGUAGCACUGUUAUCUGGUUUGGGUAACCCUUUUCAGAAUAUAUCCCAAUCCAUAACAAGCUCAACAAACAUUUCAAAGACACCAAUUCUAAGUCUGUGGCAAGCCUCAAGUGGGUUCUUACCGGCCAUAAUAUGGAGUGGAAUGUUCAUAGUGAGUUUUUUGUACACAAUAGUGGUGGUUUGGUCUUUGGCUUUUAGAGUACCUAUUAUCUCUAUGCUGUGCAUUGCUCUUCUGUACUCUUUAUCUGUGUUGGUUGCUGCAGCAUCAGGAUUUGAUGUCGCUUGUGGCACGUUUAGAUUGAGUGGCAUCUUGUUUGCAUGUUUAGGGGUUCUUGGUUUUGCUUUGAUCCUUCUUAUUCUGCUCUUGCUUGUGCUUUUUGCUUCCUAGAGACGCACAAAACAAGAUGAAGGAGCAAAGUGAUGAGUUCUUGGUGCCUUUGCAGUGUUGUGUUGUGGUAAAUUUUUUGGUAUUUGAAUUUUUUCCUGCCAUAUCUUUUGGUGGAAGACUAAUCUCAUUUGUAAUGCAAUUAAUAGAAUGAAUUUGUAACACUAUUAAGAUGGAAUAUGGGUUCUCCAUUUUGUA